UUUCUUUCUUAUGCGCCUCCGCUCUCUUGGCCACCUCGCUCUUCCCUCGGGCGGAAGCCAGCUUCUCGUUCCAAACCGCUUAUUGGCUCUCGGCUCCCACGGUCUCACCCACGCUCGCUUCUCGUUCCAAGGGUUUGGGGUUUGGAUUCGGCGGGGUGAGACGGUGGGUUGCCCGAUCUGAUUGACCUAGAGUUGGAGGCGGGAGGGCAUGUCCAACCCACCGGCGAGCCCCUCCGGCGACGGCGGGAGCCGCAUUAGCGGCAGACCCACGGCUGGCGGCAACAGGGAGGAGCGAGGCGCGUUCCUGCCAAUCGCUGACAUCAGGCGCAUCAUGAGGAAGGCCAUCCCGCCCAACGGGGAGAUCGACGAGGAGGCCGCGCAGGCGCUCGUCCCCGAGGCGAGGGGCGACGGAUGCAAGAGGGCGAAGCGGGAGGCCAUGGCCGGCGACGACCUGCUGCCCGAGAUGGCGAAGCAGGGGUUUCAGGCCUACCCGCACAAGAACAGAGUGGAGCUCCCUUGCACAAUGGAGGCGGGGCCAAACCCAUUGCCUGUAUCUGAUGUCAGGGAUUGGUCUGAGCUCCCACUCGAUGCGCUUUCUGCAAUCUUCAUGAAGCUUGGGACCAUUGAGAUCCUGAUGGGUGCCGGACUGGUGUGCCGCUCAUGGUUGGUGGCAGCCAAGUCCCCUGAGUUGUGGCGUUUCGUGGACAUGACCCGCCACAAGUUGGUUUUCUCCAAGGGGGGAAACGUCAUGUGCCAAAUGGCAAAGGUGGCUAUAGAUCGCUCUGAUGGACGGAUGGAAUCAUUCUGGGCUCAGAAGUUUGUCACUAGUGAACUCCUGAAUUACAUUGCAAGCAGAUGCAACUCAUUGAAGAGCAUUCGGCUCAUCGGCGCCUAUUACUUUUGGGAUGAUGAGGACGUAGUAAUUAAGCUUGCAGCUAAAUGUCCAAUGCUAGAAGAGAUAGAGUACUCUGGUCAGAAGCUGACAUGGGACUUUUUCAAGGGGAUUGGUGCAGCCCGCCCAACGCUGAAGCGUCUAAGAGUCUGUUUGCCAUGGUACGAUUCAGAUUCAAUAGAGCGUGAGAUCAGGAUGGAACAGCGGCAAAACGACGAGGAGGAAGAGGAGGAGGAGGAGGAGGAGGAGGAGCCUUAUGAGGCCUGGGAGGCGAGACACAAUGAGGAGGCCUUCGCCAUAGCAGAGAGCUUGCACGAGCUGCGGCUCCUUCAGAUGGCAGGCUACGGCCUGACUAAAGAAGGGGUGUACGCCAUCCUUGAAGGCUGCCCCCACCUCGAGUUCCUCGACCUUAGAGAAUGCGGCCACCUCCUAGUUGACGCUGAACUCAAAGCUCGCUGUGCCAAUAUCAAGCAUGUCCGGCUGCCAGGAGCGUGGCCUCACGCUCAUUGCCCAGAACUUGAUACCAUCAAGGAGGACGAAGGUGAAGUGAUCGAGAUGCCUAAUCUCUAUGAAAUAGAGGCUCAGGCUCUCCACAACGAGGCAGCGAUGGAAAACGAUGACUACGGCGAGAACUACUGGGAUGACUACUCGCUCCCCUCGUCCCCUGGCUCGCCUGCGCCGACCUACUCCAUGGAUGAUCCCAGAUACUACUGGGAGCUGUGACAGGUGCAGCUGUGUCAUGUUCAGUAGUCCAAAUCACUGUCUUGGUGUUUUGGAUCCUGAAGAGCGUGUGUGUAUCCCUGCAGGAGAGCUUUUGAUGUACAGACAAGCCAAGGGUGCUUUUGAACCAUCUGCCUUUAGUGUGCGUUUUACAGUUUGUGUAAAUGGUUGGACGGGCAGCUUGCAAGUAACAUACUACGCAGCUCUAUUCUCACGUUAAUUGCUUGAACCUUUACCUGAGCUUA